AUGGCUCCACGUCUUUGUCUUUACUCUUCUAGUACGCCGUCGUUUAGGUCUAGUUCCCCCGACUCUUCGUUUUUGUCUACUUUUCGAGCGUGGAAUAAUUCAAAAAUAAUCCCAGCCGAAGAACGGAAAGAAAGCCAUGAAAGUAGGAGAGGAAAAGGAGAAGAAGAAGAAGAAAAAGAGGAAGAGAAAAACAAAAAGAAGAUACAGAUUGUUUGGCAAACUCCAGCUCAUCCUGCUCAUGAAGACGAUUAUAUUUUUCACAACGGGAAGCGCCAAGUAAGACCGUACUACUUCGAGUGCGUAUCUCAUGUUAAUGAGCGAUGGGAGGGAAAAACAAUCGUGGAUUUGUUCACUCAAGAAUUUAGAGGGCGACCUAAUGAUUACUAUGUUAGUGCUGUCAAAUGUGGACGUAUACAAGUUGACGGAGAGAAUAUACCUGUUUCAUGCAUAGUUGAUCGAUGUCAGAAGAUAAGCCACUUUGUACACAGCAAAGGUUGUAGGCAUGAACCACCAGUGAUGGCUUGGGAUGUUGCAAUUCUUCAAGAUGAACCUGAUGUACUGACGGUUUGCAAACCAGCAUCUGUCCCUGAACGUCUUUGGAGAAGCGUAUUUCUUUUGACAUUAUGAGUAUGUAUGGUUGUCGGGGGUGUUUCAAUAAUAUGCUUAUUCAUUGGAUGAUGAGA